AUGAGCACCAGUCUUGAUGGCUCGUCCAACUUCUCCGGCGCCUUAGCCACCUGGAAAUCUGUCAACCUAGCGGAUCUUCAGAAGACUCUCGACGCACAAGGAAUUGAAAUCGUAGACAACCAGAAGGAGAGUGUUGUGGGACGCAAAGCACUCGCUGACCGCACCAAGGAAUUCAAGAAGAUCUCGGAUGAAGAGAAACUCAAUGCAUUCAAGGGCCUCCUCAAAUUUACCAUCCUGACUCUUUGCUCCACCGACGCGGUUCUAUCUCUGGCACGUCCUCACUUAUUAGCAUACCAAUCGGAAAUCGACGCCCUCACGAAGCGCUCGAAGACAGCAGAGAACGCGUUUCUCCACGUCUACAAAGUGUUAGCGGAAGCACCUGAUCCAUAUCCCUUGCUGGAGGCUGCUGUUGACCAAACCGCACACCUCUCUGCUUUACCUCAGCUCGAGGCUGAGGUCGCCCGCCUCAAAUCUGAGAAUGCCGAGCUCAAGAAGAAGGCAGCCGACUCUGGGCCAGCAGAAGCGGCGCGCAAACGUGCUGAGGCGCGUGUCAGCACGCUGGAGACCAAGAUGGAGGAGAUGAUCCACGACAAAGUAGUGCAGAAAGAGAAUGAACUCAAUGCUGCAUACGACGAGCGGAUGCGCAACUACGAGGAAAGGGAGCAGGACCUGCAGAAGCAUGUCACGCUGUUCAAGAACCAAUUGCGCGACCUGCGCACGUCAAAUGAGAGCAACCAAGCUAAGUUGUUCGAUCAAAGCCAGCGUAUGGACCAGGAGGUCGUAUCACGGCUCGCGGAGGCCGACAUGAUCAUGGCGGACCUCGAACGUGCCAACAGCAGAGUCGCUUUGGUCGAGCAGCGUAACGAGGCUCUUCGUGCGGAGAUUGAAGCGAUGCGCAGUGGGAGCGAGACCAGCGAGCACGUUCGGUCUCUCACAGCACAGCUCGAAUCGGUUACAGAAUCAUACGACCGCUUACAGGCAUCGCUAGAUACACAACGAGCCUCCGCAACUGAGGUCGAGCAAGAUACCCGCAGACGCGUCGACGCAUUCACCAAGGAGCUCACUGAGCGGGAUCGAGAGAUUGAAAGCCUCAAAAGUAAGCUCAAGACAUGCGCAGACUACGACGAGGUGAAGCGAGAGCUCGAAAUCAUGAAGUACGUCGAAUUCGCGGGCUUGAAUGACGACCCCGAAGAUUCAGAGGAUGGGGAUGGAGAUGCAUGGGGCGACUCCAUGGCGGGCACGCCAAACGGCCUGGAUGGCAAACUCGCGCUGCCGAAUCCGAAUGCGGACAAGGCGAACGCGCAGCGUGGCAGGUCUCUGGAAGUCUUACUGGCCACAAAGAACAAGCGGAUGCUAGAGGAGCUUACGCGGUUCCGGAUUAUACAUGCGGAACUGGAAGAAUCCCUUCGUGGUGCUCGGGAGGAGCUCACAAUCGCUCAGGGAGAACUUGAGAAGCAGCGUACGCUAAACGACAAGCUCGAGGAUGACCUACUGAAGAUGGAUGCGGGUGCGAGCAAGACCACAAACAACGGCGAUGCGAGUGUUCGUCCGACUCCGGGGCGGGCUUCUGGAUCGGCGGACGAUGUGCUUGGGGAUUUAGAUCUAGGCAAGAAGAGUACGGAUUCGGGGGCACGCGGAACGACGAUACCGUUCGCCUCUGCAGCAGAUACAUCUAUCUUACCAAUUGUCACAAGCCAACGUGAUCGUUUCCGACAGCGAAAUGCCGAGCUCGAGGAGGAGCUCCGCAAGCAGUUCAGCAUUAUUUCCGAGCUGCGCACGGACAUCAAGUCGUUGCAGGGCGAUAACUUGAAGCUGUACGAGAAAGUGCGGUACAUGCAGAGCUACCGGGACGACUCGACAACGCAGCUCGAUCCGCUGGGAGGCUCCUCAUCAUCAACAGGCGGCCGAGCGAGUAGUAGCCGCAACGGCGACGACAUGGGCAAGUGGCGGGCGCGGUACGAGGAGAGCAUGAACCCGUUCGAGGCGUUCAGAGGCCGGGAAGCAACGCGUGCCUACGAAGCGCUGAAUCCCAUCGAACGGGGUGUCCUUAUGCUUACGCGGGCGAUUUUGGCAAAUCGCCGGACAAGGACGGCGUUUAUCUGUUAUGCAGCAGUGCUGCAUGUGCUGGUGAUGUUUACGACGUACGAAUGUGCAUUUGCGGGACCUCAGCUACAGACGCGGCCAAGCCCUUAUGGGACAUAA